GCACUUUAAAUUUCCUGAUGCUCUGCCAGUACCACUGACUAGAAUGCCUUUCCCCUGGAAAAAUUUCACUCACCCUCCUAUGAUACCGAAUUGAUCCUCCCCUCAAACCUUCUGUUGACUACCUGUUCCUCUGUGAUCCCAAAGCACUGCGUUCCUAACUCUCCAAGCACUUGCCAGACUGUAGUCUCCAUCCAUAGCGCUCCACCUGUGUGAGCUCUCACCUGUGACCUCCUCUAGGAAUCCAUGGGUAUCUCUGAUGAAUGAAUGAUACCUGUCCCUCCCGCCCCGGGGAACAUUCUUCCGGCGGCCUAUCCUCAGUUGCUCGGGCUGCAGCGCACGCUGCAGAGGAGGCUGGGGUUGACGCCCGGCUAAAGCGUGCGCCGCUGGGACAUCGGGCGGCAGGUGGGUGCGGUCCGGUGAGCCCCAGGCUGGGGAUCGCCACCGCCCGGCCCGCGACCCGGACCCGCGCUGGCUGCUGGCGCCUCUUCGCCACGGUUACCACUAGUGGCUGCUGUCGCUCGGUGGAGUCCAAGGAGACCGCAGCCAGAGCGUCCACCGCGCAAGAUGGUGGCUUCCGUGUCUCUUCUCCCACCGGCGGAGCAGGAAUAAACUUUCCUGCUAAGUUAGAUGGAUGGUCCCCAUUAGCCUGGCGGGCUGCCCCUCUCCUGCCUCCCCACCAACUCUCCUUGUCAAGGGAGGUGCCUCUGUGUGUGUGGGGAGGCUGAGGGGCAAGAGCAUUUGGGUGGGGGUUGGGGGUACCCUGCCCCUGGAGCAGGAAUGGUGCCCCCUGGGAAGAAACCAGCUGGAGAGGCCUCUAAUUCCAACAAGAAGUGCAAGCGUUACUUCAAUGAGCACUGGAAAGAGGAGUUCACCUGGCUGGACUUUGACUACGAGCGGAAGCUGAUGUUUUGCCUCGAGUGCCGCCAGGCCCUGGUGAGGAACAAGCAUGGCAAAGCGGAGAACGCCUUCACCGUGGGCACUGACAACUUCCAGCGCCAUGCCCUGCUGCGCCAUGUGACCUCUGGGGCCCACCGCCAGGCUCUGGCGGUCAACCAGGGCCAGCCCACUUUUGAGGGCCAGGCUGAGAGAGGAGGGGCCUACCCAGGCUUGGCCACCACCCCCACCUCUGGGAACCUUAAGGUGGAGGGGGAUCCCGCCAAAGUGGCUGUGCUGACCACGGUGUACUGCAUGGCUAAGGAGGACGUGCCUGAUGACCGCUGCUCAGCCCUGCUCGAGCUACAGAGGUUCAACCUGUGCCAGGCGCUGCUGGGCACAGAGCAUGGCGAUUACUACAGCCCCAGGAGGGUGAGGGACAUGCAGGUGGCCAUUGCCAGUGUCUUGCAUACAGAGGCCUGCCAGCGCCUGAAGGCAUCCCCGUACGUGGGGCUGGUGUUGGACGAGACCAGGGAUUGGCCUGAGUCCCACAGUCUGGCCUUGUUUGCCACUUCAGUGUCCCCCUGCGAUGGCCAACCUGCCACCACAUUCCUGGGCAGUGUGGAGCUACAGGAGGGCGAGGCCACUGCUGGCCAACUCCUGGACAUCCUGCAGGCCUUCGGCGUGUCAGCACCCAAGUUGGCCUGGUUCAGCUCGAGCCUCCCCAGUGACCGCCUCGGGAGUGUGGGCCUGCAGCUCCGAGCCACCUGCCCACUGCUCACCGAGCUACACUGCCUCCCAGGCCGGCCAGAUCCUGAGCCCCCUGCCUACCUAGCAGGCCCAGCCUCCAGUGCCCCAAGCCCCCUGCUGGCCUCCCUGUCCCUGCCUGCCAGGCCUCUGCAGCCCCCGCUGGACUUCAAGCACUUGCUCACCUUCCACUUCAAUGGCGCUGCCCCGCUCAGUCUCUUCCCCAACUUCAGCACGAUGGACCCUGUCCAGAAAGCUGUCAUCAGCCACACGUUUGGGGUCCCUUCCCCUCUGAAGAAGAAGCUCUUCAUUUCCUGUAACAUCUGUCACCUGAGGUUCAACUCAGCGAACCAGGCUGAAGCACAUUAUAAAGGCCACAAACACGCCAGAAAACUCAAGGCUGUCGAAGCUGCCAAGAGCAAGCAGAGGCCCCAAACCCUGGCCCAGGAUGGGACACUGGUGUCCUCAACCCCGCCCGUGGCCAGUGGAGCCCCUGGAGAGCUGCAGAGCAAAGUUCCUGCAGCCCCUCCUCCUGGCCCCCCACUCCAGCCACCACUGCCUGCCGACCCAACGCCCAGGGAGUCAGCCCACUCAGACCUCUUGGAUGCUGCCUCCUCUUCCUCUUCUUCCUCCUGCCCACCCUGCUCCCCAGAGCCCGGGAGAGAGGCACCAGGGCCUGAGCCAGUGGCAGCUGCCGUGGAAAGCGGUGUGAGUGGGGAAGGCAAGAGUGAGAAGGGGCGCCUCUACUGCCCCACGUGUAAGGUGACAGUGAACUCCGCCUCCCAGCUUCAGGCUCACAACACAGGAGCCAAGCACCGGUGGAUGUUGGAAGGUCAGCGAGGGGCUCCUCGAAGAGGCCGGGGCCGUCCUAUGCCCCGGGGAGGAGCUGGACACAGGGCCAAGAGAGUGACUGGGGGCCGGCAGGGGUCCAACCCCCCUUUUCACUGUGCUGUCUGUCAGCUCCAGGUCAAUUCAGAGACCCAACUGAAGCAGCACCUGAGCAGCAGGAGGCACAAAGACCGCCUGGCCGGGAAACCCUCCAAGCCCUCCAGCCAGCACAGCAAGCUGCAGAAGCACGCAGCGCUGGCUGUGAGUAUCCUCAAGUCUAAACUGGCCUUGCAGAAGCAACUCACCAAGACACUGGCAGCCCGCUUCCUGCCCAGCCCAAUCCCCACUGCAGGUGCGGCCAUCUGUGCCCUGCCAGGGCCCCUGGCCCUCCGGCCUGCGCCCACCGCGGCCACCACCCUCUUCCCAGCUCCAAUCCUUGGCCCAGCUCUGUUUCGUGCCCCAGCAGGAGCCAUUCGCCCUACCCCAGGACCCAUCCUCUUUGCUCCCUAUUAGCCCUCCUGGGGAGGCACGGGCUGGCUUCUCAGCAUUCUCCCUACUCUUCUCGGACCCUACAUCCCACAGGGGACUGCCUUGUACAGCCUAGGAGUUCCUGACCAAUCUAGGAAGAGCUGGGCUAGUUUUAAGGGCAGCUGCCCUUCACUCCACCUGGACUGAGGGUUCCACUAAUACCCCCUGCCCAAGGGCCACUCCCACCCUCAUUUCCCCAGCCUUCUAGGGCUAGUCCUGGGCUCCCCUGCAUUUCCCAGCCUGAUUUACGGGGAGCAAACUGAAAUCCCAAAGAUCUAUGCAAAAUCCUAGCCCCACCCCUAUGGUGCUCUCAUUCCACCCCCCAAGACCUAUGGCCAGAGGCCCUAGAAAUCUAGCCUGGGGACAAGUUUGUGACCUCUAUUCCCAUGCCCUGGGGAGGCCUUCCCCAUUCGCUGGAUUCUCUGGAG